GUGACCUUGCCUGGCUUCAAAGUGCCUUGGCCAAGACCGGCGCGAUUGAUGAGAUCUGCUGCAAGUUGUUGGACAUUUGCCGGAGCGUCUACAGCAGCGACACUGGCAAAGACCCGGCCCGCGACAUACGGUUGCACCUCAUGCGCAACGACUUUAUGCUGGAUACGCAGAAGGCACCAUCUGAAGGUGCAAUGGUUCAGAUUGAACUGAACAUGAUGUCGGCUUCCUUUGCGACUCAUGGACAAGACCUGACUGAAACACAUCGCUACCUUCUCAAGCGGCUUUGCCGCAGAUCUGAGCUUUGCGACUUGUGCCGGACACCAGGUUCGCCUGGUCAAGCCGUUUUUGAAUGA